GAGGAGCGGGGCGGGGGGUGGGGGGAGAGUCAUGGCUCGGCGCGGCUGGCUGCGGGCGCCGCUCCGCCGCGGCGUCGGCGGCGCCAGCCCCCGGGCCCGUGGGCUCACGCGGCCGCUCUGGUUGCUCCUCGCAGUGGGCGUCUUCGGCUGGGCCGGGGCUUCGGACGGCGCUGGGGGAGCGGCGAGAGCCAUGGACGAGGAGAUCGUGUCAGAGAAGCAAGCCGAGGAGAGCCACCGGCAGGACAGCGCCAACCUGCUCAUCUUCAUCCUGCUGCUCACGCUCACCAUUCUCACGAUAUGGCUCUUCAAGCACCGCCGGGCCCGCUUCCUGCACGAAACCGGCCUGGCUAUGAUUUACGGUCUUUUGGUGGGCCUUGUGCUUCGAUAUGGCAUUCAUGUUCCAAGUGAUGUAAAUAACGUGACCCUGAGCUGUGAAGUGCAGUCAAGCCCAACGACCUUAUUGGUAAACGUUAGUGGAAAAUUUUAUGAGUAUACGCUGAAAGGAGAGAUUAGUUCCCAUGAACUCAAUAACGUUCAAGAUAAUGAAAUGCUUAGGAAGGUUACUUUUGAUCCGGAAGUAUUUUUCAACAUAUUACUUCCUCCUAUCAUAUUUUAUGCGGGAUAUAGUCUGAAAAGAAGACACUUCUUUCGAAACCUUGGGUCUAUCCUAGCAUACGCUUUUCUUGGAACUGCAAUUUCUUGUUUUGUAAUUGGAUCGAUAAUGUACGGCUGUGUAACACUGAUGAAAGUAACCGGACAACUUGCAGGAGAUUUUUACUUUACAGAUUGCCUGCUCUUUGGUGCCAUUGUAUCGGCAACUGAUCCAGUGACUGUUCUUGCCAUAUUCCACGAGCUUCAAGUUGAUGUUGAACUCUAUGCACUUCUUUUUGGUGAAAGUGUCCUCAAUGAUGCUGUUGCCAUAGUGCUAUCUUCCUCCAUAGUAGCAUACCAGCCAGCUGGAGACAACAGCCACACCUUUGAUGUCACAGCCAUGUUCAAGUCUAUCGGGAUUUUCCUUGGAAUCUUCAGUGGAUCUUUUGCAAUGGGUGCUGCUACUGGAGUGGUGACAGCUUUAGUGACAAAGUUCACCAAACUACGGGAGUUCCAGUUGUUAGAGACAGGCCUGUUCUUCCUGAUGUCCUGGAGCACCUUCCUCUUGGCUGAAGCUUGGGGUUUCACAGGUGUGGUCGCAGUGUUGUUUUGUGGCAUCACACAGGCCCAUUAUACGUAUAAUAACUUGUCCACGGAGUCUCAGCAUAGAACUAAACAGUUGUUUGAGCUUCUCAAUUUCUUGGCAGAGAAUUUCAUCUUCUCCUACAUGGGACUGACACUCUUCACCUUCCAGAACCAUGUCUUUAACCCAACAUUUGUAGUAGGAGCAUUUAUUGCUAUUUUCUUGGGAAGAGCUGCCAAUAUUUACCCCUUGUCUCUCUUACUUAAUUUGGGGAGAAGAAGUAAGAUUGGAUCAAAUUUUCAACACAUGAUGAUGUUUGCUGGUCUUCGUGGCGCCAUGGCAUUUGCCUUGGCCAUUCGAGAUACUGCCACUUAUGCCCGGCAAAUGAUGUUUAGCACCACCCUUCUGAUUGUGUUUUUUACUGUGUGGGUGUUUGGUGGUGGCACCACGGCCAUGCUGUCAUGCUUGCAUAUAAGGGUUGGUGUUGAUUCAGACCAAGAACAUUUGGGUAUUCCUGAAAGUGAAAGAAGAACCACCAAAGCAGAGAGUGCCUGGCUUUUCCGGAUAUGGUACAACUUUGAUCAUAACUAUCUGAAGCCUCUGCUGACGCACAGCGGGCCUCCUCUUACGACAACCCUUCCUGCCUGCUGUGGACCGAUUGCGAGAUGCCUAACCAGCCCCCAGGCUUAUGAAAACCAGGAACAGUUGAAAGAUGAUGACUCCGAUCUUAUUCUCAAUGAUGGUGACAUUAGUUUGACGUAUGGGGAUUCUACCGUCAACACCGAAUCGGCAACGUCCGGAGCCCCGAGGAGGUUUGUAGGAAACAGCUCUGAAGACGCCUUGGAUCGGGAGCUCGCACUUGGAGACCACGAACUGGUCAUUCGGGGAACGCGCCUGGUUCUUCCUAUGGAUGAUUCUGAACCCCCGUUAAAUUUGUUAGAUAAUACGAGACAUGGUCCAGCCUAGGCUCACUAAUUACUCACUUAAGUGAUCUGUAAACUUUGCACAUGUGAUUAUGAAGAAAUUCGUACUACCUAAAAAGUCCCAGUGCAUGUCUCUGAAUGUUUAAGCUAUAUAAAUGCUAUUUAUAUGGCCUCGAAAGACUAUAAAUACCCUGUACCAGGCAGAUUGUGAACAAAAUAUUCUUUUACGUCUUCUUGGCUGCACUAUGUAGACCGGAGCUAUUUUAGAAAGUUAAUUUCACAGUGAUGUCAUGUGUUCUUUUAGCUUUAUGUCUCAGUUCAAGUGUGCAAGGUGACAGAUUGACUCUUUCUUAUAUUUACCUGACACUUAACCAGAGUACCAAGUUCUUGUGAUGUGAAUUCAUUUUGUUUUGUGGGAGGGGAGGGGGAGGGAAGAGGGAGUGUUAUUUCUGGGGGAGCCCAGGCUGGAGGAGCUCCUGUGUCGGGGAAACUUGGGUUGAUUGCUGCUGCCUUCUUCAGUCGUCACUUCUUUCUUUCCUGUUUGUCUGUUGUGGUGCGAGAGGCGGAUCUUGCCCCAUUCGGGUUGGGGAGUGAAGUGCAGGGCCCUCUCCCCCUCGCAGUGAAAGAGCAGGUUUGGGGGCUUCAGUGCAGUGCUCUUCGGAAAAGCAGGCUGCAGAUGACCUCCAAGACUCGGUUUCUUUUCUUGCAGACCAAGACCUUGGAAGGAGUUGCAUGGCGCAGCGCUCUUAGCCAAAGCACAGCUCUUUGGUUCAGAGCCCUUGAUUUCCAUCUGGAGGGGCAGCGAGGGGCAGAGGCCUGGAGGGGAGGGAGGAGAGUGGCGGUUUCAGAGAGCUCUCUUCCCAACUGUGUAAAUAUUCUGUACCAGAUCAGUUGAAGUAAGAAAUUCAGUUGCUGCUUACUUUUUGAUUGUGUACUUUAUCUGUAUAGCAAGCUUUGUGGUCAGAAGUUUUUUUUUAUAUCAAUUUAAAUUGCUGCUCUUUAGCAGCCAAACAGGAGCAAAAUGUAAAAUUUUUGAACUUACUGUGUCUAAUCGUCCUUCGUUAGUCUGUCGUUGAUGUGAAAAGUUAAUUUAUAAACUCAUGAGCGCUCCACACUACACCCAAGCCAGUCCUGGGAGAAACAGAAGGCUCCGCGUCGAGCUUACCGCACGGGCCUGGCCUCGCUCCUCUGUGUGCACCGUGUGUCGUUGUCGUUAUUUGCGUGUAACUUUUUCAUAGGAGAUACCUGAGCUGCCAUGUUUGUUUUGUUGUCGUCUUUCACAGUUUUCAAGCAAGAGUGCAUAACAAUUUCCCAUUGCAUGUUGAGAGUAUGAAAGCGAGUUCUAUUUUGUAAGGCUGAAAAUACCCAAAGGUGCAUUGAAUGCUUAGCGGGGGGGAUCCUUUCUGAUGUCGAUUCUGACCUGUAAAUGUUUCAGAAGAAAAAUAGAAACUCUUGUGGGCUUGCCCCCCUCAGGCCUGAAUAGCAUUGCCUUAAAUCUUACCCAAUUUGAAAAAUGGAUUUGUUUACAUGAUGGUCAAAUUGUCCCAAACAAAAUAUGUAUGUAUGUUCCCGAAGGUUUCCUUGCCGUGAUGCAAACACUCCUUCUGAUUUUAAGGGAAUUCUAGUGUUGGACCCUUGAGUGGCAGCUCUAACUGUUGGCAUUGCCAUUUGUCAUGUAGUGGUAGCGACUUUCCUGCCAUGCAGGAACCCCGUGAAGUGUGCAUUUUCUAUGAUGUGUGCCUCUUCAUGCAGUAAUAAUUUCUUGUCAAUGUGUGUUUGAGGGACUUUGAACUUCAGCGUCACUUACCCGUUAAGUCAUUCACGUUGUAAAAUGUUAUACAAGAAAUUAACAACUACCUUUUUUUAUCCUAUCAAGUUACCGAGCUCACUUUGUGAAAAUGGCUGUAAAUAUUUAGCAUGACAAAUUCAGUAACUCUUCUGUUUCAGCAUGCAUGAGACUUUCUAGGGAAACCGGUAAAGCUUGAGUCAACUAAAUCUGCCUUCGUACUCUAUCAAAGGGGAACCAAGUCUGCUGUGCUCAGCUCAGCAUCUGGAAGGUUCUCCUCUCCUCUAAUCUGUGUGCACAUCUCCAAGCAAAGAAGAAAAAAAGAGAAAAAACCACCUCUGCUCACACACAUCUCUUGGUUUGAGACACCUGGAUGAACUUGGAUGAGGGACAGUCUGAGUUCCCAUCAUGCACAAGUACAACUGUUCUUGGACUUGUUUUUCUGUUCUUUGUGGACCCUACAUGUUUGAAUGACUUGAACGUUGCAUCUUUUCAAGUUAUUUUCUAAGGUUCCUUGGCGUUUGAUCCUAGUUGUCCGUGUUUGGCAGUGUGCUGUUAAAGUAAUAGACUUUUAAUCUUUAUGUAUUUUUUUGUUUUCCCUUGGAGUAUUUGGACAGAUGUUAUAGUGGUUUCUUUUAGGAAAAUCUGUCAUUAAAAAAAUUAUAGCCUUGCAAAGAACUGCU